AUGGUGAGGUGGUCGCCGCCGCCGCCGCGGGACCUCGAGCUUUUCCCCUUCCCCUCUCUGGGCGGCCACGACCCCGUCUCGCUCUCCCUGUUGGUGGCGUGCGUCGCGGCCACCGUGGCGAUCGCCUCGACCAUGUGCUCGGCGUGCGGCCGCAAGCCCAAGGCGGUCAGCCAGGAGCCCGCCGCGGACGCCCAGGCCUCCGACGCCUCCGGGAGCCAGGGCGGCGUGGAAGGGGAGGAGGAGGUGGUGACGCUGCCGCCGGAGCUGGCCACGCACGGGCCGAUCGAGCCGCCGCUGCUGCCGAAGACGGCGUCGCGGCGGAAGCUGUCCGUGUCCAUGUCCAUGGGCGUGGGCAAGAGCAUGUCCAUGAAAGUGGGCAAGAGCCUCGCCAACAUCCCGGACAAGAUGAAGCUGAGCAAGCUGGAGCCGCGCCACAAGGAGAAGGACGACCCCGAGGACACGCUGUGGAUGAAGUCCAUCAUCCUCGGCGGCAAGUGCAAGAUCCCCGGCGAGAGGGACGCCGAGGCCGCCGACCCCGACGCGGCCGCCGACGCCGCGGACGAGAUGACCUUCGGCGCCUUCCGCCGGCCCAGCUACUCCCGGCCCGUGUCCCGCUCCAACUCCUUCUCCGUCCACCAGCCCCUGCCCGAGCCUCCCCCAAUGCAAUCCUACUCUAAAUCUUGAGCAAGGAAGCUACAUACAGUACAUACAUACGUGAUACGUCGUGCGUAGGAGGAAGAAGCUGUCUGCUAUGCUAGUGGUGAUGAAGGGCUGCAUCCGUCGUGUGGUGUGGCGUCGUGGGCGUACGUGCAUUUGAUCAUCUUCUUGUUUUCGGCGGAUUUCGGGAUGAAUGCAUGGGUGAUCGGUUGAUCUUUCGAACCAAGUGAGGGGGGUGCGGUUUGUGUUGGUGAUAAUUACAUUACAUAUUCUAUAUUUUUCUGACUGCAAAUGUUGAUCAUCCUAAUAAACACAAUAAGGGGUAUGCUUCAAUUUUACAAUGCUCUUGAUGCUUCCACA